AUGAUCAUUCAAGCUUUUCAUGCUUCUUCUUCUUGUUACUUCCAUUCUUCUUCCACCAAGCGUUUCCCUUCAAAAAAGUCUCUGAAGCUCAACUGUAAAACUACUUCAAAUGGAGACAAAGAUGAUGCUUAUCUUAUAGAUGCUCCUGUUUCUGUUGGUGACGGUUUCUCUUUCAGCGGAGGAAAAUAUUCAGAUGGACCAAAUCCAAGUGAUGAAUGGUUUAAGCAAGGCAAAAUGGUUAAAGCCUAUUCAAUUCCUGGAACUGGUGAAAAGGCAAAAGAUCCAAUUUUUGGGCUAACAAUGGGGAAUAGUUCUCAAGCUAGCGGCGAUCGUUUCAGAUGGUUUUGUGUUGAACGCGGAAAUGCUGAUAAUCCUUCUGUCAUAUUAGUCCAUGGCUUCCCUUCGCAGGCGUAUUCUUAUCGCAAAGUUCUCCCAGUACUCUCAAAGGACUAUCAUGCUGUAACAUUUGAUUGGCUAGGAUUUGGGUUUUCUGAUAAGCCUCAACCCAAAUAUGGGUUUGACUAUACCCUUGACGAAUAUGUGUCAUCAUUGGAGUCACUUAUUGAUGAACUUGGUGUUACUAAAGUCUCACUUGUUGUCCAAGGAUAUUUUUCACCAGUUGUAGUUAAGUAUGCCAGCAAUCACCAGGAGAAGAUUAACAACUUAAUACUCAUUAAUCCACCUUUAACAGCUCAGCAUGUCAAGCUUCCACCAACAUUGUCCAUAUUCAGCAACUUUCUGUUGGGUGAAAUAUUUUCUCAGGAUCCAUUGAGGGCCAGUGACAAAGCUCUAACAAGCUCUGGACCCUACAAAAUGAAAGAAGAAGAUGCAAUGGUCUAUAGAAGACCCUAUCUCAUAUCUGGAUCCUCAGGCUUUGCAUUGAAUGCAAUUACCAGAACCAUGAAGAAAGACCUCAAGAGGUAUGUAGAGGAUAUGCAAACAAUACUUACCGACAAAAGUUGGAAUGUUCGAACAACGAUAUGUUGGGGCCAAAGAGAUCGCUGGUUAAGCUACGAUGGAGUUGAAGACUUCUGCAAAAGUUCCAAUCAUAAACUUGUUGAAGUUCCAAGGGCUGGACAUCACGCACAAGAAGAUUGCGGAGAAGAGCUUGGACAACUUAUUUAUGGAAUAUUAAACAAAAAGAACUAA